AUGCCAAUGAUCCAAUUUCUUCAAAAAGAAGGCGUUGAUUUCCGAUUAUGCACCAAGGUCACGGAUAUUUUAACACAUUCAGACCAUGGUAAAGAAACUGUUUCAGCGAUUAGUAUAUUGCGCGACAGCUCCCAGGAAACAUUAAGUGUUCGUCCUGAUGACAUCGUCAUCGUCACCCUCGGAUCUGUCACAUCAGGCUCGUCGAGUGGUUCCAACAAUAGCCCGCCACCUCUGAAGACAUUGAUAGCCGAAGAUGAGCUAGAUGAAAACUGGUCGCUUUGGUUGAAUCUGGGAACAAAGUAUUCGAGCUUUGGAGAUCCGUAUAAUUUCUGCACUCGCCUCACCGAGUCUAGGUUGGAGACCUUUACGGUUACACUCAGGGAUGCUGAGUUCUUCUAUCGUCUCGUUAAACUAACAUACGACAAGCCUGGGGUAGGGCACUUGAUAUCUCUAAAACACAGCAAUUGGAAGAUCAGCGUCUGCAUACCCCGCCAGCCAUUUUUCUCUUGUCAACCUGACAACGUACAAAUCCUCUGGGGCUAUGGCCUCUGUCCAGAACGCGAGGGAAAUCUCGUGAAAAAGCCGAUGCUCGUUUGCUCUGGCGAAGACAUAAUGGCCGAACUGCUAUGGCACCUGGGCUUCCCUUUGGAACCAAUCCUUAACAACUCCAUCACAAUCCCAUCUGUGAUGCCACGACGGACAGCAUCCCUGUUGCCUCGAAUUCGUGGAGAUCGGCCAACAGUAAUAAUAGACGAGAUGACAAAUCUCGCUGUGAUAGGCCAAUUUGUGGAAAUACCAGAUGAGACAGCCGUCAGUAUGGAUUAUGGUGUGCGAGGAGCCCAGUUAGCAGUGAGCCAUUUGAUGGGCCUUCCUAAGCAACCAGAGGAGGCAAGGAAAAGACCUAGUUUUCCUUUCUUGAAUUUGUGGGUUUGA